AUGCUGUCCAUACUAUCGUUACCGCAAUAUAUUUGCCAAUUUGUGGGUCUAAUUGUGUUGAACCCGUUUAAUGAGUCGGUGCCCCUCAAGUGCGACCCCCUGUCCGCCCCUUUCAUAUGCUUCCGAGUGGUCACACGAGGAGACUAUAGGCGUUUGGUUGCGGAUAAUGUCAAACGACACGUGAAAGUGUGUGAAAAGGUUGGUCUCAAAAACUUUGUGGUCGAAGUGGUGACCGAAAAGCCUUUGGAGUUAGACACCGGUGACCGCAGAAUCCGGGAAAUUAUUUUACCCAUUGAGUAUCAGCCAAAGAACGGGGCUAUUUUUAAAGCAAGAGCGUUGCAGUACCGGUUGGACACCAACGAGUUGGCCGACAACGACUGGAUCGUACACUUGGACGAGGAGACAGUGAUGACCGGUCGGUCGGUUAGAGGUGUCGUCAACUUUGUGGCCGACGGGCGACACGACUUCGGACAGGGACUCAUCACAUACGCCGACCAACGGGUGGUCAACGCGUGGACAACGCUUAUGGACUCCCAACGAGUGGCCGACGAUUUGGGUAAAAUACGCUUUCAGUUUAAGUAUUUUAAGAAACCUGUGUUCAGUUGGAAAGGCUCGUAUUUUGUGUGUCGAGUGAAGGCUGAGCUGAGCGUCGGGUUUGAUCACGGAUUGGACGGAUCGAUAGCCGAGGACUGCUAUUUCGCGAUGAGAGCGCUGUCGUGUGGGCACAGGUUUGGCUGGAUUGAGGGCCCGAUGCGGGAGGAGUCGCCG